AUGACCUCGGACUCACGCGAGCGCGGUAUUCGAAUCGCCAUUGACCGCGGCGGCACUUUCACCGACUGCGUAGGCGAGCUCAACGGCCAAGAGACAAUCAUCAAGCUCCUCUCCGAAGACCCCGCCAAUUACAAAGAUGCGCCGCUCGAGGGUAUCAGGCGCAUCAUGUCACACUUCCUCGGCCGCGAGAUCCCGCGAGGCGAGGCCCUCGACACGACAAAGAUUGACUCGAUACGCAUGGGCACCACCGUCGCGACGAACGCCCUCCUCGAGCGCAAGGGCGAGAAGAUCGCCAUGGUCGUGACCAAGGGCUUCCGCGACUGUCUUGCCAUCGGCAACCAGAGCCGCCCCAAGAUUUUUGACCUCGCGAUCCGCAAGCCCGAUGUGCUGUAUGAGCAGGUUGUGGAGGUCGAUGAGAGGGUCACGCUGGAAGAUUACGCGGAGGACCCGACGAGGCAUUUGACCGAGGCCAAGGCCAAGGCCGGGACGCCCGAGGCCGGAAGCGAGGAUUUGGUGCAGGGGACGUCCGGGGAGGCUGUGAGGAUACUGCGGCGCCCCGAGGAGGACGGGAUCAGGAGACAGCUGCAAGAAGUUUACGAUUCCGGGAUCCGGAGCGUGGCUGUGUGUCUGAUGCACGGGUAUACGUUCCCCGACCACGAGGCGCUGGUUGGCAAGAUUGCGAGGGAGAUUGGGUUCAAGCAUAUCUCGCUCAGCCACGAGCUCAUGCCUAUGAUUAAGUUGGUGUCGAGAGCGACGUCUGUGUGCGCCGACGCGUACCUGACGCCAGCUAUCAAGAAGUACAUUUCGGGCUUCCAGGCCGGUUUCGAGGGCGGCCUGGGAACGAGGAGCGUGCAGCAGGAGGAGGGCGCCAAGGGUGCCCGGUGCGAAUUCAUGCAGAGCGAUGGCGGGCUGGUUGACGUGGAAAACUUUACUGGUCUCAAGGCCAUCUUGUCCGGGCCGGCGGGCGGCGUCGUGGGGUAUGCGAUUACUUCGUACGACGAGGAGACCAAGGUUCCCGUCAUCGGGUUCGACAUGGGCGGCACCAGCACGGACGUCUCUCGUUUCGGAGAGGGCCGGUAUGAGCACGUUUUCGAGACAACUACCGCCGGUGUGACUAUCCAGUCGCCGCAGCUGGAUAUUAACACUGUUGCCGCCGGAGGCGGAUCUAUGUUGUUUUGGAAAAACGGCUUGUUCGUGGUGGGGCCGGAGUCGGCUGGCGCCCACCCCGGUCCGGCGUGUUACCGGAAGGGGGGCCCGGCGACGGUGACGGACGCGAACCUUUAUCUAGGCCGUCUGCUUCCAGAGUUCUUCCCCAAGAUCUUUGGUGAGAAUGAGGAUCAGGGGCUCGAUCCCGAGGCUAGCAAGAAAGUUCUGCAGGAGCUCACUGAUCAAGUCAAUAAGGAGGCUGGGAAGAACAUGACCGUCGACGAGGUGGCGUACGGUUUUCUUACCGUCGCCAACGAAACAAUGACCAGACCAAUCAGGUCCAUCACGGAAGCCAAGGGCCAUGAUUCUUCGAAGCACCGUUUGGCAACCUUUGGCGGCGCGGGUGGCCAGCAUGCUGUUGCCAUCGCCGAAGCCCUGGGAAUCAAGCAGAUCUUCAUCCACAGGUACUCAUCUGUUCUAUCGGCGUACGGUAUGGCGUUGGCCGAUGUCGUCGACGAACGCCAGGAGCCCGACUCUAAAGUGUGGGAGUACCCCGGUAAAGCGGCUGACGAGCUGAAGAGCAAGAUGGAGAAGCUCAAGGAGAAGUCCCGCGACGCGCUGCGCACCCAGGGAUUCGAGGACAAGGAGAUUGUGUUUGAGGAGUACCUCAACAUGCGCUACCGCGGCACCGAGUCUGCGCUGAUGAUCAUUAAGCCAGAACCGGACGGCAAGGAGGAUGCCAAAGAAUGGGACUUUGGAACCGCGUUUGUGAAGCAGCAUCGCUACGAGUUUGGGUUCACACUUGAUGACCGCGACAUCAUUGUUGACGAUGUGCGUGUCAGAGGUAUCGGAAAGAGUUUCCGGCAUUCGGAGAAGACCGUGGACCAGCAAUUGAAGGAGCUGAAGCGCAAGGACGUGGAAGCAAGCAAGGCUCACAACAGCCAACAGGUAUACUUUGAAGAAGGUCGCUUGGACACGCCCGUUUACAAGCUCGAGAAUCUGGACACGGGCGAUACGAUCCGGGGACCUGCGAUGUUGGCGGACGGGACUCAGACUAUUGUGGCUACGCCGAAAGCCACCGCUCUGAUCCUAGACACGCAUGUCGUUAUUGAUAUUGAGGAAGGAAAAAAGGACGAAGGAGCGCAAAAGAAGGAUGGGGAGCGUGAGGUUGAUCCUAUCAUGCUUAGCAUCUUUGGUCACAGGUUCAUGGCGAUUGCGGAGCAGAUGGGCAGGGCUCUACAGAAGACGAGCGUCAGCACCAACGUCAAGGAAAGACUUGACUUCUCCUGUGCCAUUUUUGACGCGGGCGGAGGCCUUGUGGCUAACGCGCCGCACUUGCCAGUGCACCUGGGUUCAAUGUCCACAUGCGUUAAGCGGCAAGCUGAGAUUUGGAAGGGUAACUUGAAAAAGGGAGAUGUCAUCAUCUCCAAUCAUCCUUCGUACGGCGGUACCCACUUGCCGGAUAUCACGCUCGUCAUGCCUGCCUUCAACGAUAAGGGAGACAAGAUUCUCUUCUACGCAGCUUCGAGAGCGCACCACGCGGACAUUGGCGGUAUCACGGCCGGCAGCAUGCCGCCUCACUCGAAGGAACUAUUCCAGGAAGGCGCCGCUAUCAAGAGCGAGAAGCUCGUCAGCGAGGGCCGCUUCGACGAGAAGAGGGUGACGGAGCUCUUGUACAACGAGCCUGCAAAGUAUCCUGGAUGCAGUGGAACACGCUGCCUUGCCGACAAUAUCAACGAUCUCAGGGCCCAGGUCUCGGCCAACCAGAAGGGUAUCGCGCUGAUCGAAACGCUCAUUGAGGAGUACGGCGAGGAUACGGUGCAGUUCUACAUGAUCAACAUCCAAAACAACGCCGAGCUCUGCGUCCGCAACCUGCUGAAGAAGGUCAGCGAGCGGUUCGAGGGCAAGGACCUGCAAGCGACGGAUUAUAUGGACGACGGCAGCCCCAUUCGGCUGAAGGUCACGAUCGACGCCGACAAGGGCGAGGCCGUCUUCGACUUUGAGGGAACGGGGCCGGAGGUAUACGCAAACGUCAACGCGCCCCAGGCCAUCACGUACAGCGCCAUCAUCUACUGUCUCAGAUGCCUCAUCUCGGAAGACAUACCCCUGAACCAAGGAUGCCUCAAGCCGAUCAACGUCAAGAUCCCACCAAAGUCGUUACUCUCGCCGUCGGACGGCGCUGCGGUGGUCGGAGGCAACGUGCUCACGUCCCAGCGCGUGACGGACGUCAUUUUCAAAGCCUUCCAAGCCUGCGCAGCCAGCCAGGGCGACUGCAACAACCUCACAUUCGGCUUCGGCGGCAACGUCACGGGAGAAAAGGAGGUCAAGGGCUUCGGGUACUACGAGACGAUUGCCGGAGGUAGCGGCGCGGGGCCGACUUGGGAGGGCACCAGCGGCGUUCACACGCACAUGACCAACACGCGCAUCACGGACUCGGAGGUUUUCGAGAGGCGUUACCCGGUUAUUCUACGCGAGUUCUCGCUCCGCAAGGGGUCCGGCGGAGACGGGCAGCACCGCGGUGGCGACGGCGUCAUCAGAGACAUUGAGUUCCGCAUCCCGCUUCAAGUGUCUAUUCUUAGUGAGAGACGGGUGUACAGGCCUUACGGGCUCGCGGGCGGAGAGGACGGCGAGGCAGGGUUGAACAUCUGGGUGCGCAACGUGGAGAAGGGGAGCUGGGAGAAGUCGCUCAAGAGACUCAAGAACGGCGGGAAGGACGCCGACGGAGAGGAGGUCGAGUACGAGGAGCAGAGGUUCAACCUGGGCGCGAAGAAUAGCGCGCCGAUGAAGGCUGGGGAGAGGAUCAUCAUCAACACGCCCGGCGGAGGUGGUUGGGGUAAAGUCGGGACGGCAAAGGGCGUCAGCGGGAAGAAGGAUCCGACGGACGCGUGGAGGAAGGGGAGCCAUGCUAACCGGGAAGAUACGGCGCUGCAGGUGUAA